GCUUGAAAGCUCUCUGGGGCCCAGGGACAGCAGAAGCCCCGUCUCUGUCUGCCCAGGGAAGUAAGAACAGCAGCACUCUUGGAUUUGGCUGCACAGAACUGCGUCCUCCAGGUUAUCAGGAGGGCAGGGCUAAGUGGCUGAGGUCUACGAUCCUGUCAAGGACCUUUUCUGAGAAGAGUCUCUAAAAGAGCAUCACACCAGAAGGAAUAAGCAAGUCAUGAAUUCUCCGGACUGUUGCUACCUUCUAACUUCUGGGCAGAUGUCUGUCAAGAGCUAGGUCCACUGGCCCAUACACAUCCUGCUGAAGAAGCAGCAGAAGUUUCCAGCUGAAGCUUCUGUGAGACAGCAUGAAGGCCGACAAUACCACGACCAGUGCCUUGUGGUUGCAAAUCACCUACAUCACCAUGGAGGCUGCCAUUGGUCUCUGUGCUGUAGUGGGCAACAUGCUGGUCAUCUGGGUGGUCAAGCUGAACCGCACUCUGAGGACCACCACCUUCUAUUUCAUCGUCUCCCUAGCACUGGCUGACAUUGCUGUUGGGGUGCUGGUCAUACCCGUGGCUAUUGCUGUCAGCCUGGAGGUCCAGAUGCACUUCUAUGCCUGCCUUUUCAUGUCCUGUGUGCUUCUGAUCUUCACCCACGCCUCCAUCAUGUCCUUGCUGGCCAUUGCCGUAGACCGAUACCUGCGGGUCAAGCUGACAGUCAGGUUGUCAUUUCUUGUUGUGAACUUACCGUUUUUCCCCCAUUCAAACAGAUAUAGAACGGUUACCACUCAAAGAAGAAUAUGGCUAUUCCUGGGCCUCUGCUGGCUAGUGUCCUUUCUGGUGGGACUGACCCCCAUGUUUGGCUGGAAUAGAAAAGUGACCUUAGAGCUCUCUCAAAACAGCUCCACCCUCUCGUGCCACUUCCGUACCGUGGUCGGCUUGGAUUACAUGGUCUUCUUCAGCUUCAUCACCUGGAUCCUCAUCCCCCUGGUUGUCAUGUGCAUCAUCUAUCUGGACAUCUUCUACAUCAUCCGAAACAAACUCAGUCAAAACCUGACUGGCUUCAGAGAGACGCGUGCGUUUUACGGCCGGGAGUUCAAGACCGCGAAGUCCCUGUUUCUGGUUCUCUUCUUGUUUGCCUUGUGCUGGCUGCCUUUGUCCAUCAUCAACUUUGUGUCCUACUUUAAUGUGAAGAUACCAGAGAUUGCCAUGUGCCUGGGCAUCCUGUUGUCCCAUGCGAACUCCAUGAUGAACCCUAUUGUCUACGCCUGCAAAAUAAAAAAGUUCAAAGAAACCUACUUUGUGAUCCUCAGAGCUUGCAGGCUCUGUCAGACCUCGGAUUCUUUGGACUCAAACCUUGAACAGACUACUGAGUAGUUCCCAUGACAGAUAAAGAGCCAGCUCAUUUACCCUCACGGUUCGCAUCGGUAAACACUAUAAGGACUUAACAGCCGUUCUUGCUUCCUUCCAGUGCAGUGGGGUCAUCGGGCUGGUUGCCACAGAGCUCCCUUCCGCUCCUCCCUC